GACACAAAGCGGUUAUUGAAAAUGCCAAUGAGAAUAGUUAUGCGUAAUGAUUUUCUAUUUUCUUUCUCUUUUCUUUCUAAAUGACCAACAAACGACCUUACGAUUUUUCACUGAUACCACCUGAAAUAUGGGAGUAUAUCUUUCGAUUCUUAUCCUCACACAACGUAUUUCAAUGUCAAAAGGUUUGCAAAGCAUGGUAUUUACCUGCGCAGCGAGUUUUUCUCGAACAUGUCUUUUUAAAAAGUCGAUAUGAUGUGGAACAAUUCCUUCAAUGUUUUUUGACACAUGUGAACACACAUUCAUUUGGCUGUGUCAAGAAAUUUACCAUUGGUCACAACUACACCAUGCCAAGUCGAGCUCGACUUUCUUUAGCAAGCGAUAUUGUCAAGAACUUGAUUAUUCAUUUCCCUCAUGUUCAACAACUAGUCAUUUCGGGCAACUGUAUCGAUCUCGAGUAUUUUGGAAAAGACGAUAUGACCAAUGCCAUGUUGGCUUAUUGGCCUUCUCUCAAUGUGUUUCGCGUAGACUGGGUAUUGUUACAGGCCGAGAAACGAAAAACAUAUCUGCAAACGAUUUACAAACUACGGCAUUGCACAACUGAAUUAGCGCUAUAUGAUCAUGAUUAUAUCACACGUGAAAUGGGCGGUAUUACUCAAUUUUUAAGCGGGUUUUCACGACUGGAACAUCUCAAGAUUAUUCCUCAAGAUAAUAUUGAUACCAUGGAAAAAUGCUUGGAUGUGAUGGAAAGUUGUCAGCACCUGGUAUCAUUGGAUAUGUACACAAAGCGAGAAGAUGAAGAUGGAUUCGUUGAGCGAUACCUACAAAAAAAGCCAUGGCAUGAGCGACUUGCGAUACAAGAGAGAUGGAUGGGUAUUCAGUCACUCAAGCUGACCAUGACGCAUUUCUGUAUCAAUACAAUUGAGUUUAUUAUACGCUAUAUGACUGGUUUACAGACAUGGACGAUUGGAUUUGUGGUGGCCAACAUAGACGAAUGGACAGAGAUUCAACGGACUGUUUUCGCUUGUCAAUUUUUAGAUUUUUUAUGCUUGCGUCAACACUACCUUCUUCGUCCUAUCAAUAUCAGCUAUCACAACAACAAUGACUAUAUAAGAUCCAUAUUAGAGAAGCAUUUUCACAGAGCGGCUGAGAAGCACUUGACGAUCGUACUUUACAAUAACAAUUCCGAGUUUGGAUUUGACUACAACAAUGCAUCUGCGAAUGCGUCUAAAUUUCUACUUCAGCUGACAUCCAAUAUAAAUGAACGCACAGCUCAAAUGACGCAUUACUUUGAUCCUCAAACAGAAAGUGAUAUUUCUUUAUUGACACAAGUUUUGCCUUACACAAUUGAUACCAUCACGUUCAACUUAGGUGGUCUCUAUCAAUACACAGAGAUGAUAUCCAGUCAUUUUAAACAAAUGAUGCAGCAACUAGUAAAGGUGGAGAAAGUAGUUAUUUUACUGCCUAGGCAUUGUUGCUACGACGAUACUCUCAUGGACAAUAAUACAGUCUAUCCUCAGGUGAUGAAACUAGAGGUAUCUGCUGGUCAUGCACUUUGGAUACACCCAGAGACAUUUAGGCAAAUGUCCCAAACGUUUGUUUCCCUCAAGUAUCUCUCACUUUGGUUUUGCAGUGGGGUUUGGGAGAGCGCUCAAAAAGCAUUUGUCAUCUAUAUGCCUCAGACAAAGCUGGAACGGCUUCAUUUGGAUGUCACGCCUGUCCGUGUACAAACAGGGAAAUUACUGACCAAGCAAAUGGCGUUUGCCGAUGCUUAUUUCAUACUUAAGGUAACGACAACCAACACUCGCUAUUAUCGUGUUGCUUUGGAUUAUUUAAGCCUGGAAGAAAUACCAGAAUCUCAAGGAUUUGAACAAGAAUACCUGACAGUUCAUAUUGUGUUUGAUUCGAUUGAGUUUAUCAAUAUGUAUCUGCAUCAAGAGAUCUUUAAUGAAUUUAGGCCUGUGCUUGUAAUGGAUCCACAAAAAGUAGUACAAACCACCGUGACCUUGUAAUAGAGCGACUUGUAAAUAUAAUACGGUCUAAGAUAAACAUUGGUUGUGUAACUAGGCAUUCAUAUGGUCGCGCUCUCUCGGAUAUCGUUUCUUUUGAUUUUAAAAGUAAAAUAGUGACAUGCUUCGUCUUUGUAUAUAUAUAUUGAGUCCCUAGAAUGUUAUCAAUGGGCAUAACAAGAACACUUUCAUAAAAAGCUCUUGUACUAUCAACUUGUAGAUUAAGUAAAACAAAUAAUGGCACCUAAACUAUUUGAAUAAACAGUUUGUUUAUAA